AUGUCUGCCAGCACCCAACGGCCGAACGGCGUUCGCACACCCUGUCCGGUAACCCAGGCGCCACAGGUUUCGUGGGCUACAAGACCCUCCUCGCCGCCCUCAAAGCCGGCUUUUGCAUUCGCUGCGCCAUCAGAUCAGACUCCGGCAUCCACAUAUGUGAUCCUAGCGGCGCCGAGUAUCAGAAACAACACGCCGGCAGGCGACCAGCUCUCCUGGACCAUCGUGCCCAACAUCUCGAUCCCCGGCGCUUACGACAAGGCUGCACACGACGUCGAUUACAUUUUCCACUGCGCAUCGCCCGAGCCCUUUUUCGGCAAGGACGGGUGUGUGGGCACGGAAGAGGAAAUCUACGUCAGACCGGCAGUUGCCGUCGUAAUCGGCUUACUCGAGAGCGCAAGGAGGCACGCCGCGGGCACUCUCAGGAGAGUCGUCGUUGAAAGCUGGAUUGUGGCUAUCAUCCCGAUGUUGUGCUUCACGAGGCAAGGCCUCGACCGACCGGCCAGUGAUGGAGAAUCCCGGGUGGCGACACCGCCUGCCCCGUGCAGAUCCGGAUUCGGAGUCUACCGCGCAAGUAAUAUCGCCGCCCUGAACGCCUCUGAAGCCUGGAUGAAGGUGCACAAUCCAAAGGUCAACCUCGUCUCCAUCAUCCCGGCGUGGCUCUGGAGCGAGACGCCCAUUCUCUCCGUCGAAGACGUGGCUACUGCGCAUGUUUGCGUGCUGUCCCCAUCGGUAUCCGGCAAGCAGAGUUUCUACCGGGACAGGCAUGUCGCCGUGGAAUAA